AUGGCAAGGGGGGCAAGGGAGGUGGAGGGGACAGCGGGGGAGGCGGUGGUGGCGGCGGUGGUGGCGGUGGAGGAGGUGGAGGGGGUGGGGGUGGAGGUGGGGGUGGCGGCAGGGGAGGGGGCAUCGGUGGCGGUGGUGGAGGUGGAGGCGGCGGCGGCAGCGGCAGUGGGGGUGGAGGUGGCGGUGGUGCUGGUUGAGGUGGAGCUGUGCAACGAGGAGGCUUUGGAGGUGGACAGCGCCAGCAGCAGCAGCGUUCUCGUGAGACCCCGUCGCCCCAACAGCUUCCUGUGUGGUACGCUGGGCGUGGGAGGUCUGGGGGUGCUGGUCCCUGCGCUUACGUCGGGGGUUGCUAUCUUUGAUCUUGAUUAUGAUGCUAUCCUUGCUACUAUGUAUGCUAUUACUAUUAGUGCUGAGGGUGACUGUUACCUGUGUGUUCCGCCUGCCCCGGGCAUUGAGGCUCCUGCUCUAGGUGCUAGUGAGUCUGCUGUGCCAGGUGCUAGUGAGGCUGCUCUCUCAGGUACCGCGUCGACUCAGGUCUUGCACACUUUCACCCUUGACUCAGGUGCUUCCCGUUCCUUCUUUCGCAACUGCACCAGUCUCACGCUGCUCCGCCGGCCAGUGGCAGUCUCCCUAGCUGACCCCUCUGGGGGUCCGGUCCUUGCUCACUUCUCCACUGUCCUCCCGUGUCCGGCGGCUCCCUCUGGCACCCUGUCUGGUCUUUACCUCCCCUCGUUCUCUACGAACUUGACGGACCGACACUUGGCCACGUUUACACGUCGGCCGGGGUCGAGCCUGUACACGCUGACCACUGAGUCUCCUCCAGUCACUCCGUCUGGUCGGGUAGCUGCGUCGGGUCAGGUGUUUGCUGCAGCAUCCAGGUCUGGUCAUGAGUCUGCCCCCUGCUCGUGUCGUCUCCUGUCUCACGAGACUCUCCUUUGGCACCACCGCCUUGGUCACCCCUCCCUGCCUCGUCUCCAAGACAUGGCCUCCCGUGUCCGUGACAUGGCUUCCCCGGUCUCUCCCUCCCCUUCCCCCGGGGCCUGCCCCUACCUGCGUUCCUUGCGUUGA